UGGAGGAGAGAUGCCCGGCAAACAGUCUGAGGAAGGGCCGGUGGAGGCAGGGGUUUCGGAGGACAGCGAGGAGGAGGGUCUGGGCGGCCUGACGUUAGAGGAGCUCCAGCAGGGCCAGGAGGCUGCCCGGGCGCUGGAGGACAUGAUGGCGCUGAGCGCUCAGACCCUGGUCCGAGCCGAGGUGGACGAGCUCUACGAGGAAGUGCGUCCCCUGGGCCAGGGCCGCUAUGGCCGCGUCCUUCUGGUCACCCAUCGUCAGAAAGGCACACCCCUGGCACUGAAGCAGCUCCCGAAACCCCGCACGUCCCUCCGCGGCUUCCUGUACGAGUUCUGUGUGGGGCUCUCGCUGGGCGUGCACUCAGCCAUCGUGACAGCCUACGGCAUUGGCAUCGAGUCAGCACAAUCCUACAGCUUCCUGACGGAGCCUGUCCUGCACGGGGACCUCAUGGCCUUCAUCCAGCCCAAGGUGGGCCUCCCACAGCCCGCAGGUGUCCUGGCGGCAGCCUCCCCACUGUCCUGUAGGGUGUCCUGGCGGCAGAGCUGUGGGCAGGAGGGAGCCCAGAGCGAGGCUACAACUCGGAGCUGGAUCGUGUGUCACGCACUCCCUGGCCCCUGCAUAUCCCGCAGGGCCCCUGCUGUGGCCACGGAGGUGUUGCCUGGAGCAGGACUGACAGCAGGUGUUCUCCUGUGGAGUGACCCCAAGGAGCCUUUGAAUCCAGGUUCAAGCCGUAGCGCUGGGCCUCUGACCUGGACAAUCCGGGUGAGCUUCCUGGAGUAG